AUGCAUCGACUAUAUAGUCUUACCAUUGAUGCUCUAAUCAACAAUGCUGGGAUUGCGGGGAAUAUCCGUCUCAAUGACCCCGUUCGUGGGCCCAUAGAUGGAGAAUUUUCUACCGGCAUGUACACAGUCAAUGUCCUCGCUCCCUUGCUCCUGACCCAGGCGGUGGCUCCAUACCCGCCACGGGACCGAUCAGGACGUAUUGUCGACUUCUCCAACGUCAGUGCCAGCUUGGGCUCUGAGGGCCAGAGUGUCUAUGGCGGUACGAAGGCAACCAUUGAAGCCAUGACGCAGCAAACCUGGGCGCGUGAACUUGGUGACCGAGCUACUGUCAAUGCGGUCAAACCCGGCCCCGUCAUUGGGACAUGUUCUGGGAGUCCGGGAAAGAUUUUUGGAAUAGAAUGCAAGACUGGCAGGACAAUGCACCUGGCAGCAUGA